AUGGGCCUUCACAGCGAACCACUGGACCAAGAAGACCAGGAUGCAAUUAUUCUGGACGCCAGAAGCGGAGAUCUCGAGUCUCUGCAAGACAUUUUCACAAACUUGGUUGAUCCAAAGCUCGUGCUGACCUGCAGCGACGCCGAGACCAAAUGCACACCACUGCACAUGGCAGCUGCCAACGGCCAUACCGCUGUCAUCGAAUACCUUGCUUCGCUGGUAGAGAGCUCCGAGGAGCGUCAGAAGUGGGUCAACGCCCGCAAUGCGACUGGAAACACUGCGCUGCACUGGGCGUCGCUCAACGGGAAGCUGGAGUGCGUGCAGCUACUGUGCGACAAGCUGGGUGCCGAUCCGUUUGUGAGAAACGAUUUCGACCACGAUGCCAUCUUCGAGGCCGAGCGCAAUUCGCACGAAGACGUCGAGACCUACUACCUGCAAAAAUACGAUGUCGAGCCGGAGUCCGAGCCUCAGGGCGAAGGCUCCACUUCCGACACCGUGCAGUUCAAAGAGGGCACGGAGAUUGAGCAGAUCACCAACGAAGCCGCCGAGGUUCUCAGCCAAAAGACCCAGGACUUGAGUCUCAAAGACGGAGCAUAA